UAGCGGAUGAUAAGGGCUAUCUGAUAAGUUGUAGUGUCAGUACUGCCGUGACUGUGUUUUGUGUGGGAAACAACUGUGUUUUUAUGAGUUUAGUGCAAAAUCAGGAAAAAUGGGUGGGAACACUGCAUCCUACAUCGUUUUCCUAUGCUUGAUGGCACAAACUAUUAGCCAAGAAACAACCACAAUUCCCGCCACUACGGCGUCUACCAACGAAAUAGUGAAAGAGACGGGAAUUUGCAGAAAAUGCCGUUGUGUAGACACCAAAGUGGAUUGUAAUGAGGAAGGUUUAACCACGUUCUUCUCAUCCGCUGAUUGGGCAGCAUUGAAGGACUUUAAACCAACCCACGUGGACCUUAGCGACAACUCUUUCCCGAAUAUAACAGCAAUGGCCGAGCUUCCAGUGCAAGUGUUGAACCUCUCUCGCUGCAACAUUGAGCUCAUUGCAUUCGGCAGCUUCAGGGAUCUGCAGGAGAUGGUGGUGCUCGACCUGAGUCAUAAUAAACUGACUUAUGAGAAGCUGAGUCCCCAUUCGUUUGAAGGCCGCUAUUCAGCCGAAGAAUACGAGCCACUCCGUUCGAUGCGAACCCUGGACCUCUCGUACAACAACUUGCACUCGCUACAUCAGGACCUGUUCGAGCACAUGCCCGAGCUCAGCGAACUGAACCUGAGCGGGAACCCCUUGGGCACGGCUGAUCAUGUCACAUUGAUCGCCAUAUCCAGUCUACCUAUGCUGAAGAUACUGCGCAUGCGCUCCUGCAAUAUGGACGAUAUCCCGGACCGCCUGCUCCACACCCCCCAGUACCUGGAACAGCUGGACAUCAGCAACAACCAACUGAAAGCUGUCCCACAGGAGCUGGGAGAGACGAAGAACUUGGUGUAUCUGAACCUUAACCAGAAUCCGAUUGAAGAGCUGGAUUACAACUCUCACGAGUUCCCCGGCUUCCCCACCCUGAAAAAGCUGAAGGAACUCCACAUGUGUAACAUGCCAAAGCUCGUUCGCGUCGGCAUCAGCUCGCUGGCCAACCUGCAGAGCUUGGAGAAGCUUCACAUGAGCUUCAAUGAGAAGCUCUCGUAUAUCGACCCCAAAGCUCUGGCGAGGCCUGACGACAUUGGAGAGAUGUUUGAUUACCCUCCGUUGACUCACCUGUAUCUGCAAUCCAACAACCUAACAAUGCUGGACUCCCGCCUGCUGGCGCGCUGGGACAAGCUGCAGGACAUCAACGUGUCGGACAACCCCUGGUUGUGUGACUGCUCCACGCAGUGGAUGGUCAGCAACCUCGUGACUGUGGUCGAAGGGCUCCAUGCUAACGCUUCUGCUGAGAUGGCGUGUCAAGAACCAAUAGAGAUGCGCGGCUACAACAUGAAGAAGCUCCACGAGCUCCAUCGCGAGAUGAGGUGUCUGGACAAGUACGGCCAUCGGCCAGAGAGAGACGGCAGUAUUCUCCUUGGAACCCUCAUUGGUGUCCUCCUAGCAGUUCCGAUCAUGCUGGCCCUGGUCUUGAUGUGGAGACAGGGGUACUUCGCGUGUUUAGGACUCCGCGGUCCUGCGUCCUUCUCCAGGGCCUUCUACAAGAGGGCGCCGGCGGACGACAACUAUAUAUAGACAGGGAACAGAUAACUAUUAACACGGGACUACUUUAUAAGCCUCCCGUCUUUACUUAAUUUCAAAUUUCCCUUACGUGUCCCGUCACGUUUUCCGCAACAUGUCCCGUCCCACUUCCCACGGCAUACCCUGUCCCGUUUCCUGUAAUGUGACCCGUAUAGUUAUUUUGAAUUUGCAGACACUUCGAUUUUAUUUAUGGACGCGCAUAAUAUGUCGUAGGCGGCUGCCUUUCAUACCAGUAGCUUUUCUCGUGAAAUGUCAUAUUCAUAUGGAUACAUCCAUAUGAAGAUGGUUAUAUAAUAAAGUCGAAAGUAAUUUUAAGCGAAGAAAAAAUGUUUUAUUACUUAAAUAUAAAAGUUGACAAUCAAAAUCAAUCUAGUUACCCUCGAAAGAUGAAUUUUGUAAUUGAUUUCAGAACGACAUAAAUUUAAUAUAAUUUUAGUAAUUACUUUUUAUAGAAUAAGUUAUUAUUUUUAGGAACACGUAUUAAUCUGUUUUUAUUAUAAAUAAUUUCUUACUAAAAAGUUCACGUUCAUAAAAUUAAAUGAAUAUAAGUAAAUACCUAUUCAUAAAAAUAAAACCCACCAAUAUUUUUGAAACUUUUUUGUAAUAUGUAUUACAACAUUUAUCGUAUCAAAAUAAACACUAUAUUUUUUAAAA